UGGUGCCCAGGCUGCGGCGCCGGGUGGGGCAGCGGUGGGACCUUUCCGGACCUCUCCCGGGGGGCACCUCGUUCUCCCCGCCUCCAGCCUCCGCCCCGGGGCGGGCGGGGCCCCAGCCGAGGCCCAGAGGCCCGGUGGGGAGCCGCAGCUUUUGCUGCACCAACGCUGUGGUCGGAGGCUCCGGUCGCCGCUGCCCCUAAUCUGGUUGAACCCAGGUGGAAGCCAGAGGACAAGGCAAGCCAGUUGGUACCUGCCCUACAGCUGGAUCCAGUGUAAAGAUGACCCCGCUGGUCGCCGUGGUGUCAGGCUCCCAAGCCCGGCUCUUCACCUGCUUUCUCAGGCUGGGUGCUCAGCAGGCUGGCCUGCUUCAGCUGCACACGGGGGCUGGCCUUGCAGCCAAGAACCACUAUGAGGUGCUCGUGCUGGGAGGGGGCAGCGGUGGGAUCACCAUGGCCUCCCGUAUGAAGAGGAGAGUGGGUGCAGAGAAUGUGGCCGUUGUGGAGCCCAGUGAGAGACAUUUCUACCAGCCAAUCUGGACGCUGGUGGGUGCUGGCGCCAAGCAGUUGUCCUCAUCUGGCCGUCCCACAGCGAGUGUGAUUCCCUCUGGUGUGGAGUGGAUCAAAGCUCGAGUGGCUGAGCUGAGCCCAGACAAGAACUGCAUCCGCACAGACAAUGGCAAGGAGAUCUCCUACAGAUAUCUUAUUAUUGCUCUUGGAAUCCAGCUGGACUAUGAGAAGAUUAAAGGGCUACCUGAAGGUUUUGCCCAUCCAAAAAUAGGGUCCAACUAUUCAGUUAGGACGGUAGAGAAGACAUGGAAAGCUCUGCAGGACUUCAAGGAGGGCAACGCCAUCUUCACCUUCCCAAAUACUCCGAUAAAGUGUGCCGGAGCCCCACAGAAGAUCAUGUAUCUAUCGGAGGCCUAUUUCAGGAAGACAGGCAAGCGAUCCAAGGCCAAUAUCAUUUUCAACACUUCUCUUGGAGCAAUUUUUGGGGUUAAGAAGUAUGCAGAUGCCCUGCUAGACAUCAUCCAGGAGAGGGACCUCACUGUUAACUACAAGCAAAACCUCGUUGAAGUCCGAGCUGAGAAACAAGAGGCUGUUUUUGAGAACCUGGACAAACCUGGAGAGACCCAAGUGAUUUCAUAUGAAAUGCUUCAUGUUACACCACCCAUGAGCCCACCAGAUGUCCUCAAGAUGAGUCCUGUGGCCGAUGCUGCUGGCUGGGUGGAUGUGGAUAAGGAAACUCUGCAGCACAAGAGAUACCCAAAUGUGUUUGGGAUUGGGGACUGCACCAACCUUCCCACAUCCAAGACUGCUGCUGCAGUAGCUGCCCAGUCAGGAAUACUUGACAGAACAAUUUCUCUGAUUAUGAAGAAUGAAACCCCAGUAAAGAAGUAUGAUGGCUACACGUCGUGUCCACUGGUGACUGGUUACAGCCGUGUGAUUCUUGCGGAGUUUGACUACAAUGCACAGCCGCUGGAGACCUUCCCCUUUGAUCAGAGCAAGGAGAGACUCUCCAUGUACCUCAUGAAGGCUGAAAUGAUGCCCCUCCUGUACUGGAAUGUGAUGCUGAGGGGUUACUGGGGAGGACCGGCCUUUCUGCGGAAGUUGUUUCACCUUGGUAUGCGUUAAGGAUGGCUCAAUGCUUGCACUCUUUGGACGGCUUCUGGACCAAAAUCACAGUCAAUGAUUGACCAAGAGCAGCAUGAAGAACUCCAACCCUAACCCCAUAAAGAGUUUACUGCUGGAUGAUGGACGAUGGGACUAAAUGCCUCCCUUUCAAGUGCCUCUGGACAGCCACCAUGCAGGCUGCCCAGGAUGAGCUUGAUUCUUUGGAAACAUGCAAAUUAAAGAAUAUACUUCUAUUUUUUAUCCAAAA